AUGGGUCAGGACAAUUUCACCCCCCAGAAGCAGAGCUCAAGUGGGCUGCCCACCACCACCGCCACCUCAGCCCGAGCAGCCUCCCCUGGCCCCGUCCUGCCACGUGGCCGCCAGAUCCAGAAGACGUUCAACAACAUCAAAAUCACCAUCCUCUGCGGCUUCGUCACCAUCCUGGUCCUAUGUGGCACGAUCGGAGUGGGCAACCUUGGCAGCUCCGAGGCCGACGCCGUGAACCAGAACUUAAUCGAGGAGAUGAAUCGGAUCCUGGCCGAGAUCCUAUCCGACAGUGACCCCAAUGACCCGGAUGAGUUCAUCAACGGCACCCAGAUCACCUACUCGGAUUUGAUGUUUGAUCAGAAGUCUUGGAUUGCUUUUAAUACUGGGAGUUUUCUGUUUAGGAAUUGCCAGUGGUCUUUGGAUUUGCUUGAUGCUUGGGCUCCGAUGGGUCCCAAGGGGCCGAUAAGAGAGGAGGCCGGGAAGGUUUUGACGGCGAAUUUGAAGGGGAGGCCGGCGUUUGAGGCGGAUGAUCAGUCUACAUUGAUAUACUUGUUGCUGUCGCAGAAGGAUCUGUGGAUGGAGAAGGUUUUUGUGGAGAAUUCGUACUACUUGCACGGAUAUUGGGCUGGAUUGGUGGAUCGGUAUGAGGAGAUGAUAGAGAAGUAUCAUCCGGAUUUGGGGGAUGAGAGGUGGCCGUUUGUGACCCAUUUUGUGGGUUGCAAGCCUUGUGGGAGUUAUGGGGAUUAUCCGGUGGAGAGGUGCUUGGGCAGCAUGGAGAUGGCUUUCAAUUUUGCGGAUAACCAGGUGCUUAAGCUUUACGGGUUGGUGGCUGGAGGUGGUGGUCUCCGGUGA